GGUAUUGUCUGGAAAUAGGAAAAUAGGAUUUUGGCUUUAUUCUCAUGUAUAUUGACAUUGAUAAAUGAAUGUCUGAAAACAGUGAUAUCUCUACUGAUAAAAGAACCAUUGUGAAAAAUUCCCAACUGGAUUUGAUAUAAAAGAAUCUUUAUUUAGAAAGAACUCCUUCACUAAAUGGGAAAAAUUUCAGACUGGAUUAUUAUGUAAAGGAAUCACUAGUCAGAGUAAAAUUCUAACUUGGAUGUUAUAUAAAGUAAACAUUAAUCAAGGGAAAAUUGCCAACUGGAUUUUAUUUUCACAGACUUAAUAAGACAGUAAAAGUCUGACAGUGCUCCAUCAUACUAUGGGAUGUGCAAGUUCCAGUCCAAAGAAGUGGGUUCCGGAACAACAAAUAAAAGAAGACAUGAGUAGUCAAAAUCUUACACCAGGCAUGGCGUCGUUUCCAGCCCCAGGGUCACAGCAGAGAAUAUCAACAGAAUCUCAGGGAGGUCGUAAUAAGGUUCAGCUGAAACCUGGUCAUUCUUUAAUGGAUUGGAUCAGGCUGGGUAGAAGUGGUAAAGAUUUGACUGGAGUUGGUGGCCGUAAAAUAGAAGUUACGCCUGAAGAACUGAAGAAACACAACACAGGGAAGGAUUGCUGGAUUGCAUUGAGAGGAAAAGUGUACAAUGUGACAUCUUACCUUGAUUUUCACCCUGGUGGUAUAGAUGAACUGAUGAGAGGGGCAGGGAAAGAUGCUACAGCUCUGUUUGAUGAAAUUCAUAAAUGGGUAAAUGCUGAAUCUAUGUUGGAGAAGUGUCUGGUAGGAAAACUGAAGGUUGAAAAUCCGAUGUUAAGAAAUGCUUUACUAAGAAAAAGUUCGAAAAGCAGUCUAGAAGCUGUACCAAAUGGUGGGAUAGCUGCACCAACUUUCUUGACUCCACCUACACCACCUGAGCAGAAACCAAGGUUUGACUGGUACCAGAGCAAUAAGACAGUAUCAGUGGUAGCGUACACAAAAUGGACGGAGAUGAAAGAUGAGAACGUGAUUAUAGAUUGGGAGGAGAGGUCGCUUCUAGUCACAAUGCAUAUAAAACAAUCGGUCUUCUACAUACAUUUAGAUCUAGAGAAAGAUGUAACAGACAGUUACCAUGUGAAUAUAUCUGAAGAUAGUGGGAAAGUGGAGAUAGUUCUGGAGAAAGCACAGCCAGAUGUGCAGUGGUCCAGUAUAGGAAAACAUCUCGACAAACAUAAUCUGUAUAUACCAGAUAAAAAUUACAAUCCUGCAUUCAGAGACUGUACUAUAGAGAAGAUAGAAGCCAUUACACAAGAUACCAAUCUCUACUGCCUCUGUCUACCUAGAGGAUGUCGAAUGAAAGUACCCACUGGGUGGCAUGUUCAUAUAAAACAUACUAUAGAAGGUAUGGAAGUAGUUAGAAGCUAUACCUCAGUGUUACCAUCUCUAACAUCAGAGAAUCAAGACGACAGACUCAAGCAGGGAACAGUUAUAUACCUCAUGAUCAAAAUAUAUAAAGACGGAGCAUUUACACCUUGGCUUUCCACUUUGAAACCAGGUGACCAUAUCUCUAUGAGCAGCUAUGAAGGAAAUUUCAACGAAUCACGUCUUAAUUCAUGUACCCAUCUAGUCAUGUUUGCAGCCGGUACAGGAUUUACACCUAUGGUGAAGCUCAUUUAUAAAUCCCUAGUGCAGGACGCUGAGUCAGAAAGACAGGUGAAGUUACUGUUUUUCAACAAAACAGAGGCGGAUAUACUGUGGCAGGAUCAGCUUAGUGCUUUAGCAGACUCAAAUAUAAGGUUUACUUAUACAAACUGUUUAUCUGAGGCUGACGAGGCUUGGACAGGACUUCGAGGAAGAGUUAAUAAAGAGAUGAUGGCGGAAUUCAUCCCAAGUAUAGGAGAGAAUGAUAAGAUGCUAAUGUGUGUAUGUGGGCCAACCCCCUUCACCAAAUCUGUGAUACAAUUUGCUGAAGAACUUGGCCAUAAAAACAUCACUCAUGCUUUCCUUGGAUGACAUUUGAAUGACCUUUGACCUUCAUCUGACCUUCGAUGAAAUAUAUAGACUUGGCUGUCUCUGAGAUAAGCAGCUUGUGAUAACAUGUACAAAUUUUAGCAUGUGUUUAACUCUUGAAUUGUUCAGAAGCAAUAAGAUAGUGUACAUGUAGUGUAAUUGCUAGAUUUUUGACAGGUCAAACUAUUUAUAGAUUUUUUUGUAUAGGGUUCUGCUUUACAUGUCAUGGCCUGUUGAAAGCGGACCUGUUUGCAUUGUGCCAAAUAUGGUUUUCACUUAGACUUUUAUGCAAAAUUUUUAAAAAUAUUUUGGCAUGUCUUACCUGACAAAGAUUUUCAGGACAUAAGAAUAAAUUUUAAGAUAUAAAAAUCUGAGGGUACAGGCAGGGUCCUCACAACAAUUGAUCUUGCAGUUUCAUUAUAUGUUCAUUAUGUAUACAAUGCUGUACCAUGUUAUUUUACCUUUUUACAUAAUUUAGGAGUUGUGUAAUUUUUAAAGAAAGAAUCCAUACCAUUAUUAUUCUCAUUACAGUUAUUAUACCACAUACUUAAUUAUACAAAAUUAUUUCUUGCAUGCCAGACAGGAUUUUACUGUGACAUUGCUGGAAAAAUUUGUCCUACACCAGGGGGUGUAAGAUGACUCUCGUAAUUUAUUAAUGAGAGCCUAAAUUCAUAUGCUGCGAAAAUUAAAAAAUUGUGCUUGAAAGAAAAUCAUUUUAUUUUACUUCUCCUAUUAAAUGAACAAUUGAAGAAUAUGGUAUGCAAGAAAAAGAAUCUGUUCCUAGUUGAAGGUGGGGAGGGAAAUAUCAGGUAACUUUUUUGCGGUUUCUCAGCAAAGCCUAGUUGACACCUUAACAGUUACCCUGGAGCCAGAUAUUUCCAUCCACACUUUCAACGGAAGAAAGAUUCUUUUAAAAUGUUUUCUCUAAGUGAAAAAAUACAGAAACAUUGUUAGAAAUUGUCAAUCUAGUAUUUAUUAUGUUUAAAUAACCUGUGAAACAAAAGGUUUUGAAGAUGGCAAUGUCUAUGUAAAGAUUUCGUAAUAUUACAAUAAAAAGUGUGAUAAUCAAUGUUGUGCAUGAAGAAAAAUUAGUUCUUGGACAAAAAUAUAUUUUGGAGUCUGUAUCUUGGACAGUAUUUGUUUUAACACACACACAGAGUAUCUGAGAAUAUUGGCAUACCACAUGCUCAUUAGGUUAAGAAUUUUAAGAUAAAGGUUAAAAGAGAUUUAAACACAUAUACAUGUUCAGGUGUAAAAAAAUAUAUAUAUACAUAAUUAUAUAAAUAAUUAAUACAUAAUUAUAAUUAAUAUUUAUAAUAAAUACAUUAAUAUUCUAUACAUACUUCAAAAUUGUCCAGAACAUAUAGUAAAGUUGCUCACAACUUGUACAUAUAAACAUUUGAAACUGUUACUUAGGUUUUACAAGUACAUUUCAGUUAAAUUGUGUGAAAAUGCAAUGUUCCUUAUUUUGACACCUCAGUUCAGUGAAAUAAAGAAUGAACUGUGUACUCUACCAGUAUUCAUCAAUGUUUAAAGUGGAAUUAUGCGCAUUUUCCAACUAAACAUUCAGCUGAAAUAGAUGUAUGUGUAAAAAGGGUGAAGGAAAUUAUAGCUUUUAACCCAAUAUACUAAACUCUUCAUGUUACCAGUUCGAAAUAAUAAGUUUCCAAAUAUGACUUUUCUUAUUUUGACUGGGGCGGUCUUUUUAAGAAAAGUCAAAUUGCAUGCAAGAGUUGCUUCCCUUCAUCUUCAGAAAUCUUUACCUACAGGUAAGGUGGCAGGGGAGUGCAGAUUUGCGAAUUCCACAUUGACGUGUGGGUACCAGUGUUGAAAUAUCCAUAGAAAUCUCGUUUUUGCUUAUUUUUCUUUGAAACUACUAUGGACCAUUGCAGAUACUAUAGACUACAUAAAGACGACUCUCCGGUCCUAUGCACCUGGCGCUUUCCAUGCCAGAUGUAGUGAAAAUUUGCCAAAUCACCCAAAUUUUAUAGACCAAAAUUAGCCUAACCGGGCCUCACUUUGAACUCUGCCAUUCAUCCAUUUUAUAUUUUUAAAUCUAAUUUCGUAGCAUAUAUGUAUAGUGCGAACAUAGAUGCAUACCCAGGUGGUGUGGAAUGUGUCUCCCAACCACCACUUUAUUUCCCUAAUUUUCACUUGAAAAAAAAGUGGAUGGAUGACAGCCGAGCGUUUGGCCGACUUUUUGUUCUGAUGUUUAUAUUUUAGUACGAAGCUAGGAAUUUUAAAACACCCGCCAUGUAGAAUAAUUAACCGUUCCUCAUUCCCCAGAUAUAUUAAAGAAUUAAUAACGAUAAAUAACCAGUAAGAUAGAUAUGCCUUUAUAUCUACCCUGUCCUGUUUAUACAGAAAAUCGACUGGGGCCAAACUACGAAACCGCUCCCCUGCCACCUAAGGACUGUGUAGAAGAUUGAAGGAAGAACUAUUAUUUUAUUUGUCCAAUUUCUUUAUUUCUAAAGCAUCAACUUCAAAUACUUAUGCAGCAUUAUCAUUAAUUUAAUACAUUUAAAUACACAGCAACCUAAAAAUUGCUUUUAUAAAACAUUCACCAAAAACACACUAUGUGCAGUAAGAUGCACACAAUGCCACUUUAAAGUCUGAACUUAGAUUUAAAAAUGCUUAAUUUUCAUGUUGCUCUGUCAUUGUCAAACAUGCAUAGAUUGCAACGAAACUUGGCAGGGGUCUCCAUCUUGCAGUUAAUGGACCUCCAUGGCCAAGUGGUUAUGGUCACUGACUUGCCCUGCAUUGAAGUGGGUUUAAGCCUCACUCCAGCAUUCAAUUCUUCAUGUGGGGAAGCCAUCCUGCUGGCUUAAGGAAGGUCCGUGGUUCUACCAAGGUGUCCAGAUGAAUGCACGGAGGGCUCCUUAGGGACUUGCUCCACCACCAAGUUGGAAAGUAGCCAUAUGACCUAUAAAUGAGUCGGCGCAAUGUUUAAACCAACAAAAAGAAACAAUCAAUCUGCUGGUCAUAUUAGUUCAGCACAAUUUCAGCAGUAUAGACAUGCUAAGAUUCAGUUUGCCAUUGCUAACUCUAAACUUAAAUUUCAUACUGCAAAUGUUGAUGAAUACAGGCUCUGUACUUGUAUGAUACCACAGUCUCUUUACAUAAUAACAAUACUGCAGAGCUUCAGUUCUAAAGGCAUUAUACCAUUUUUAUUAUGGCAUAAAGUUAGGCAGUGUGCAUGUUAGGCUGUCAGGUGCAUGUAAGGCUGUCAGUUUUACUUAUAAUUAGAUGAUAUAUUAGCCUUUUCCCUUCCUUAUGUGGCACUUGAAAUGAAAAAGCUGUCACCUUCUGUUCAGUUCAGUUUUGAAUUUUAUGCCCAUCUUGUUACAGAUCCUAACUGAGGCACUGCAGUGUGUCACUUGCUACAAACGUCAUAUCAUAUACAAAAGGGAGUGCUUUUAUCAAAGUAAAUAUUUAUAUCGGAUGAAUAAUUUUAGAUGACAAAUUUUAAUAGCUAUAUAAGUUUUAUGUUGAAAUGAAAUAGAAAUUUAAUGCCAAAAUAAAUUGGUUAGGUAUAUAUUUUUAACUGUGUCUUGUCUGCACAAAAGCUGUAUAAAAAUCUUUUAAGAUAAUAUUGUAUUUUUAUAUAUUUAUGUGAAUAUUUGUUAAAUCUUAUUUUAGUAUUACAGGUUUUUUUCAUGAGAGCUAGUUUUCACGAUUUCAGCUGGAAGCAAUAUUUAGCAAUUUUGAAAUUCACAAAUUUGUUUUGCUGUAUUUUAAAAUAACUUUAUUAAUGAGAACAGGUUUAAUUAAUAAAAAAAGAAAUCUGAAUGACCAUUUUCCAGAAAAACAAAUCUAAGGAACUUUUAUUUUCUGCAGAUUUGCAGUACUCUUGAAAAUAGAGAUAAUGGAACUCUCACGAAAAAAAACUGUAGCAGGUAUAUAUGAUAAUUAUUGUUAUACAUAUUGUUACUACCCUGAUUGCAAUAUUAGGUACUGAUAUUAAAAAUUAUAUUAUAUUUAUUUAAAUGACAAUAUUACUGCUUUAAUAUUUAUUGCUUUUAACAAUUUGAAUUAUGUUACCUUUGAAAUGCCUAUGUUAGGAUCACAUAUACUUGCAUUGUAACAGAUCCACUGGUUAAUUGUCAUUGUACUUGAAUAAAUUGGAUGCAGGCUAGCGUGGUAAAGAAAAAGAUUGUUUUCAUGUAUAUCAAAGUAUCUAGUAUUAACCAGUUAAACAGUUAGGACUCAGAGUUUCAAGGAGCUGGAUAAACUAUAGAUAUAUACAGGAUAUGGAGUGUUUCAAACAUAGAAUAUAUAAGAAUGGGACCACACAUCCCUUUUUCUCAUAGGAAAUAUAUAAGAAUGGGACAAUGAGUCGGCCUUUGCUCAAGCAAGCAAUGAUUUCACUACAUUAAUACUGCACUCUGUGAGUGUCACGAAUAUAUAUAAAAAAACAUAUCUCUGGUUGAAAUUUUGAAUUCAAUUAGUUACCAGUUAUAGCAUAUUGUUACUGCUGUAGUUGGAGAACUUUAUUUUGAGGGUCAAUUGCAAAACUGUUGUUACUCACUGAAUUUAAGGCAGUGGAUCUGUAAUGACACUCGUACAUUUCCGUUUGAUUAUGUAUUCUCCUCAGACAUUUGGCAUUCUUUGGACAUAAAUAUAGCUCAGCAUGCAGCAUGGUGAAAAAGUAUACAGAAAAUAUAUACAGUCGAGACUGUUUUAAGAGACCGUCUUUGGGAAGCAGCGAAAAAGGUCACAUAUGACAGGGAGUCUCUUAAAACAGUCUCACUUAACAGGAUGACGCUGGUUUCAUAAUAUGUUUCCAAUUAAAGUACAUGAAUAUCGGAUACUUAUAUAUUGGCCUCUUUUAAGGUAGGAGUGGAAAAUGAUAAAAUACUAUUUCUUUAAUUGCAUAUUGAUAAAAUAUAAAUUUCAAAUAAUUUGCAUCAUUCAUAUGAUGUUGAUAAAACAAAAUUUAAUUUAAGCUCAUGAUCUGGCAAGAAAAUAAAGGGGAGCAGUAAAAUAUAAAUGUUCCAUUUGAACUACACUGAGGUUUAUGAUAUUUAUAUUUUAUGUACUAAUUGUUCAUUUUAAUUUAUUCGAUUAUUGACUGCAUCUUUAAUCUGUGUUUACUUCGUCGUUUCCUGUUAAAUACCGCCAUAUUUUUGUUUCACCAGGAAUAAAGUUAAUUUAUGCACCAACUCCGAAUUCUUCAGCGACCUUAUACGCUGGUUUUCCCUAAUCGAGCAAUUCAAGUGCCUUAAUGACAGUUCUUUUUUAUGUUUUUCUUCAACCAUUUUUUGUAAACAAAUAAGUUCUCGUCUCAAACAACUUCACGCGAGAUAAAGAACGGUAACUCUAUCGUGUAAAAUCUUGCGAGGGAGCAUCUCAAAGUCGCUGAAAACGGUCUAAAUAUCGAUUCGGGAGCCUGAUUUCACAGUCGCUUGUCGCGUAAGGCAGGGGGUUGCUUAAUUCAGACUCUUUUAAUAGUAAAUUGCGUCCGGAGCAUAAAAUAGGGUCGCAUAUGACAGGGAGUCGCUAAAUUCAGGGGGUCGUUAAGGCAGUCUCGACUGUAAUUUGCCAUUUGUCGUUAUGGGUCCACUGCCUUGAAAAGCUUUGUGUUUACUCUCACAUUAACCCUUACCCUGCUAAACUUCUAUAAUGAAAUUGUCCAUCUUUCAAUUUGGGCAGUACCAUUAACUGUUAAAAGGAGUGCUUACCAAAAGAUACUGACUGAAUGGUGAACAGUGCAGAUCAUGAUCAGACUGCACAGAUGUGCAGGCUGAUCAUGAUCCACACUGGUCGAAUGGCAGAAAAAGUCGUGUCCAGCAUGAUAAGUGUUAAUACUGUAUUACUUUUGUUGAAUUUUCUCCUACAAAUGUAUAUGUAACACUUAUAGUAGCCUUGGUAUUGACAGAGUUUAAAUAUAUGUUUACCUGUUA